UCCCCUCCAUAUCAUGUGAUUCAGGUGUUCCAAUCCCCUCCAUAUCAUGUGAUUCAGGUGUUCCAAUCCCCUCCCAAUCAUGUGAUUCAGGUUUUCCAAUCCCCUCCCAAUCAUGUGAUUCAGGUGUUCCAAUCCCCUCCAUAUCAUGUGAUUCAGGUGUUCCAAUCCCCUCCAUAUCAUGUGAUUCAGGUGUUCCAAUCCCUUCCAAAUCAUGUGAUUCAGGUGUUCCAAUCCCCUCCAUAUCAUAUGAUUCAGGUGUUCCAAUCCCCUCCCAGUCAUGUGAUUCAGGUGUUCCAAUCCCCUCCCAAUCAUGUGAUUCAGGUGUUCCAAUUCCCUCCAUAUCAUAUGAUUCAGGUGUUCCAAUCCCCUCCAUAUCAUGUGAUUCAGGUGUUCCAAUCCCCUCCAUAUCAUAUGAUUCAGGUGUUCCAAUCCCCUCCAUAUCAUAUGAUUCAGGUGUUCCAAUCCCCUCCCAAUCAUGUGAUUCAGGUCUUCCAAUCCCCUCCCAAUCAUGUGAUUGGGUGUUCCAAUCCCCUCCCAAUC